AUGGCUACCGUGGCGCCUUGGACCAAUUUUGAGGGCCAUAUUCGCUUGUUUCCCGACUCUGCAACCCUUCAUCCGCCUACUUGGACUGCGCAGACCAAUGCUAUCGAAAAAGAGACGGAAGUAUCCAUAUCAGUAGCCGAGGCACCAAAAACCCAGAGAAGUCAACGGGGUCACGGCCCGCCCAACAACUGGGGCGCUGUAUAG